AUGAUGAGCAAGCCGCGGCUGAGUCUGCAGGCUUUGCGUGGCAAGGGCAAAGGAGGCGAAGGGCAUAUUAAGCACCAGGAUCACGAUCACAGUGGUGAACCCCGUGGAUCCAGCAUCGGGAGAAGACGGCGUGCAAGCAGCAUGUCCGCCAAAGCCAAUCGACUGGUCUCAUGCCUUAAGGGGAAUGCCUUGACCUUGGCCACCGUCUCCGGCGUGCUCUCAGGUAUUGCCCUCGGCUUCAUCCUCCGUGCCUCCAGGGAAGAAUCAUGGACUCCAAGAGAGAUCAUGUAUGUCUCCUACGUCGGAGAAAUCUUCCUGCGGUCCCUCAGGUGCCUCAUCCUCCCCCUCAUCGUCUCCAGCAUCAUAUCGGCGGUGGGAGGACUGGAGCUGGGCAUGUCAAGUCGGAUAGCCUUCCGAGCCGUGGUUUAUUACAUGACGACGACGAUCCUGGCCGUGAUCUUGGGGAUCAUUUUGGUCACCUCCAUCCAUCCCGGUGUUGCAGGCGCCCAAGAUGUGCCACGGGAAGGAGAGGCACGGAAUGUUACUACGGCUGAUACCCUCAUGGACCUCAUCAGGUAA